CCCUCCUCAAACACACACACUCCCUCACCCCGUCUGCUUCUCGAGCAUGGGCUGGCUGCUUUCUCUGCCUUCAUUGUGCAUCUUUGAGCCGUUCUGACAUAUGCGCUCCCCCUCUGCCUUCCCGCUGCUUUCUUUUUGCCUUCUUUCCAUCGACCCCUUUCCUCACCAGGGGAGCCAGUCUCUCUAAGUUUUUGUCCUGCUUUUUCCAGGAUACGAAAAAAGGAGCAGUAGCAGAGAUCACCGGCAGAGAAGACCGUUACCACAAAACAGGAAAAAGGAAGUGGGCAGUGACCUGUGCGAGAGGGGACUGGAGUCGAACAGCUGUGGCUCAACAGUUUUUGGAUGUUGGGAAUGAGAAAACCACAUCAGAGCAGUCUGCGAGAAGAAGAGCAAGGGAAAAAACUGAGACGGAGAACCUGUUGGAUUCACACUUGAGGGGGGAAAAACCCUCUACAACCUGAGGACGAAAAGGAGAAAGACAUUUUGGUGAUAAAACACCAAAAAACUAGAAAUCUGACUUUUUUCUAAAAAACAUCAGAACCUGGAGUUUCUGUUUAGCCGAGUCAGACGUCAUCCGGUUGAAGAAAUACCAGAUCAGAAUCCGACCAGCAGCGGUUCUUAUCGGUCUGAACCCAGAAGACGGACCCACAGGUUCCCGACUUGGAGUGAGUUGGACUUUUUUUCUUACUUGUAAGCUUAAAGCCCAAAGUCUUAGCAAAAGCCGAGGUUCUUCAAUAAUCUAAUUCUUAAAUAUUCUGGGAUCUGACUUUGGAAGUGUCCUUGGAAUUAUAUCUUUGCGAUACUUGUUGAAGAGACUUCAACAGACUUUCUGAUUCCCGGAAAAGGUUCAGUCAAAGGCUUUGGAGGAAAUAGCUACUUCAUCUGAAAUCUCUUACACUGAUGAAAACACCUGUUUCUAGAGUUAAAGCAGACUUUCAGCAUCAUCGAUCAAGUACGCAAUCGCUAGAGGAUUUGGGCUUCACCAAGACAAGAGUCAAACCAGACAAUGGCGUGGCUCCAGGUGCAGACAGAAGGACUCCUUCUCACUUUGGCGCUCCAAUUCUUUGUCAUCGUCGCUCCAGACACUGGUCUUCCUGGGAUGGUACCAGAAAGACCAGACUCGGUUGACAUUGUGAAGAAAGAGUCCCAUCCGGUGCUGGUCAGACAGAAGAGGGAUUGGUUGUGGAAUACCAUUUCUGUGACAGAAGAGAGAGAGGAACCCAUCCCUUACAAGAUAGGACAGCUCCGGUCAGACCGAAAAGUGGCAGUGAGGACGUUUGCAAUAGAAGGUGAAGGAGUGAACCAAACCUUCAUUGUGGACAACAAAGGAAACCUGUAUGUCAAGGAGCGUCUGGACAGAGAGAAGAAGGCCUUGUAUCAUCUGACGGCCAGGAUGUACGAUGGAAACGGCCUGUUGAUAGAGGACGCUGGGGAAUUUGCUAUUGAAGUGAACGAUAUCAACGAUAACUGCCCAGUUUUUCAAGAAGAGUACAAAGGAUCCGUCAUGGAGAGAACAAAGGAUACAGUGGUUCAAGUGAAGGCGACCGACGCAGACGACCCAAACACGGACAACGGACAAGUCAGGUACACUCUGCCCAAUGGCCGGACUUCUGGUUUAUUUGAAAUCAACUAUGAAACAGGUGUGAUCACCUCCAAGGUAAGCAGCCUGGACCGGGAGACAAAGAGUCAGUAUAUGGUGGUGGUCCGGGCUCAGGACAUGAAAGGAAGGGAGUCUGGCUGCAUUGCCACCACCUCAGUGGCCAUCACCAUCACUGACGCCAAUGACAACAUAGCGUCUUUUAUCAAAAGAAAAUAUGAAAUAAGUGUCCCAGAAAACCUUAAAGUUAACGAGAAGAUUGCCGUGCUGGAGUUAACAGACUUAGACGAGGACGAGAACAAGCAGCCCAUCUUUUCUAUUCCAAGUGGCAAUGGGAAUGUAUUCAGCUCCAAACCCAGUAAGGAUAACGACUGCAUACUGGUGCUCAAACAGGCUUUAGACUACGAGACGCAGAAUAACUACACCUUCACUGUCAGGGUGGAUGAACGGCUACAAUUUUCUCCAGCAGAAAACCUCAAUGUCGCAAAUACAACGGCACAGGUGACCAUCAAGGUGAUGGAUGUGGACGAGCCGCCGGUUUUCACUCGCUCUGUCUAUAACUUCAGCGUUCCAGAGGAGCAGAUGGAAAAAACAAUAUUGGGAAGAAUUCAAGCCAGAGACCCGGACGGAGUCAGGAAGCGCAUAGAGUACUCCAUCCUGGAAACGGGCUUACCCUUUAGGAUCGACCUGACCACUGGUCAGCUGUCGGUUAUGAGGAGGCUGGACAGAGAGGUGGAGGAGCAACACAUGUUUAAAGUUAAGGCACAAGAGGAGAACGGCGGCCUGGCGUCAUUUGCUGAGAUUUUUGUAACGGUUCUGGACGUCAAUGACAAUCCACCUGAACUGACUGCCAAUGAUAUCUUUGUGUGUGAGAACGACGUCAGAAACACGGUGAUCGGUAUCUUGGGAGCCUCGGACAAAGACGAUCAAGCAGCUAGCUUCACUUUCAGUCUUGCUCUUCCCAGCUCCAACUUCUCCAUCAGAGACCACGGCAAUAACACGGCUGCUUUACUGGUGAAGGAGGGCCCCUUCAACCUGGAGGAUUCCAGUGAUUACAGUGUGGAAGUGCGCAUCAGUGAUGGAGGCCAGCCUCUCAUGAGCAGCAUCACCAAACUGCAAAUCAAGUUAUGCCAGUGUGACGCCAAGCGAGUUUUUUCAAGGUGUAAGGCCAGUAUGCAGAGGAUGGGGGUCAGCGUCCAGGCCCUGCUUGCCAUACUGCUGUGCAUACUGACCAUACUGGUGAUAGUGAUCCUGAUUGUGAUGAGGAAACAUUAUCAGAAGGAUUCUUUGGCCAGUAUGAAGAACAGCGGUGAGAUCCAUGAGCAGCUGGUCACAUAUGAUGAGGAAGGAGGAGGAGAGAUGGACACAAAUGGCUACGACGUUUCAAUUCUCACCUCGGCGUGUAACGACAGCUCCCUACUCCGCCACCCCGACCGCCGCUCCCACCCCUCCAUGUACGCCAUGGUCCAGAAACCCCACCACCUCUCUCAGCCCACAGCCUGCAAAGGCGACAUGGCAGCCAUGAUCGAUAUGAAGAAAGACGAGGCCGACCACGACCGAGACGGAUUUCCAUAUGACACUCUACACAUCUAUGGCUAUGAGGGACCAGAGUCUCUGGCGGGAAGCCUCAGCUCUCUGGACAGUUCCUCCUCAGGAUCAAACUUGGAUUACGACUUCCUCAAUGACUGGGGUCCGAGGUUCAAGGCACUGGCUGAGCUGUAUGGCGUGGACGGUGCCGACUACUACCAUCAGUACUGAGAGCAAACUUGACAACCCCCCCCGCCGAGUGCCUCACAGGUUCACGUCUAGUUGAAAAUAGCCAUAGAAAUAGGACAGACAGAAGCAGGAAAUAGAAAACAGGAACAUCUACUUACAGCAGGCAGACAGCCGAGCGUCCCCAAGACACUUCACCAAACACAAUUUUGUUUUCACUCUGUUAUCAUGUGUGAUUCAGCAAUCCAUUUUUGUUUGUGUCGCUUACCUAUUCACUCAUAAUCACUAAGCAACCUUCAUCAACAUCCAGGAGGUUCCAACAUGAUGAAUGAAGUUGACGUGGGUCAGGAUUUUACUUUAUGCUCUAAAAAGCUGGAAAAAACUCGCCAAAAUAAGACUUUCGUUUCUCACUAAAGGGCAGAGAGGCAGUAGGGAUGGUGUGAUAUAAAACUAUUGGUGUUUUAAAACUUUAACUUUUGUAAUUGUUUGUACACCUUGUAAACCUAAUCAGAACUGAUCUGGGAUCAUGAAUUUGUUAAUGUUAGUCAUGUUCUUAGUAUAUGCUUUUACUCCAAUAUGAAGCAACUUUUUUGAUUACACACAAAGUGUUGCUGAUAAAUCCCUUUUUCUUCACCUAUUCAAACUUUUGAACAAGUUUUCUAAAUGUGAACACAUUCAUAAACUCUUGGACUUGAUGUGAUUUUAUAUGAAGUAUGAAACCGUAUAGACUUCCCAACAUGGACUCUUAUCCUUAGAUAAGACUUCCUCUCUUAAGAGAAAGUCUUAUAUUGGUUUCAGUCCUACUUGGAAUGUUACACACUCCAAGUGAAAGCAACACUUUUCUGAACUUUGUUAUUUUCAAAUAGGACUGCUUGGGGAUUUUAAUGUACAAAAAAAAAACAAAAAAAACACAGGAAUUUGAGCUGUGAGGGUUUGGAGGUGUUUGAUCACAGCGAGGUGACGGCUGGCUUUUCUUUAUCUGAGACAUUAUUAACAUCCAUCUUUGGCUCUGAGCUCCCACUGCAAUGUCCAGUGGGUUUUCUCAGUGAUAUUUAAUGUCUUCAUGGAGCAAAUAAGUAAUUUUUCUUCUUUUUCGCUCACCAUCGGGUGUCUAAGCAGCAGUCAUGUUUAAAACUUUUAAAAUGAGUUAAAUUUAGCCCAUAUUUAGAUUUUUAUGGGUUAAAACCUGAACAUAAAGGCCAGUUUGGUUACCAAGGUGUUGUGUGCCUUCAUAGGCCAGACUUCCUCUGUGCUGAGAAAGAGCAAAACUAGACAAUAGAAAGACGGAAAGGAAAUGGCUCUACUGCUGCUCUGACAGAAUUACAGCUUGUUCCUGGCUUUUAUUUGACAGAACUCAUCAUCACAGUUAUUGUUGUGAUGAAAGCUGCGUCCUCAGAGGCAGAGUCAAACAAACCUAAUUGACUCGGAUCAGGAAGCAGAGAGCAGCAGCAGCAGCUUGUUGGGCUGCAGUGAUGUGCCUGAUGUGCUUUGAUAACUUUAACCUCUCAGCCUCUUCGGCUUCUGUCCACUCAUCGAACCUCCAACUUAAAAUCAAAGUUUUCUUUGGCUGAUUAUUGAUCUGUGGCUCAGAUUUGUUUUUAAGAACAGCAUUCAAAAUAUUUUUGACUUCCUGAAAUGAGUCAGUAGUUCAUAUGAAAGAUGGUGUCGUCUCGCCGUGUGUGAGAGAGCAGUCACUGUAGAACAGAAUUUUAAUGUUAUUUUUACAAAUGCACCAUAUAUAUCAGCAAUAAUAUCUGUAUUGGACAAUAUUUGUCAUUUUUUAGCAUAUCAGUAUCGGUCUGUUAAAUACACAUUUUCAUAUAGGUUCAUCCUAAAAAACGUUUUAAUUAAAUUAUUACAAAUUUCCAAUUUGAGCCAUAGACAACAACCUACUAAGUCACCAUGUUAAACUAGCUGUUUUUGCUAGAUUAGCAAAAACAGCUGUGUACGUUUGUAUUCACCUGACAAUCUCCUAACUUUUCCUUAAAGAUUUGACAGAAGCUGCCAUUAUUUCCAAAUACUGCAUAAUUCCUGACAGACUGAAGGUUUAAACCUGAACAGCUCUGUUUAGCCUUCCUGAUAUCUCCUGAAACAGUCUGUCUCUCUGCCUGCAAACACAUGUCAUGAUAUAGUGGCUACUUGUAUUCAACAUGCUGAAUACACAGCUUCAGCUUAAUUAGAUUCUUACAACUCUGUUGUGCUAUAAUUUAAUUUCAAAUACUUUGAUACUGCAAGUUAGCUUCUAGCUGUCUUCAUUCAGUAAUAGCAUCCACACCAAAGAGUUUUGGCCUCAAUCUGACUUGGCAGUGCGUUCGUACUAUUUUUGACUUUCUGCCUGAUGAGUUACUGAUCAGAGCCAAACAAGCUGAAAUUCAUCUAAUUCUGGUCUCAAGUCAAUUUUUUGUUUCAACUUUUGUUGAUUUUUAGUGCAGAUAUGGAAAAUAAUGAAGACCUUGUAGGGUACAAAAUGCAGUUUUAAGAAUCUUGAAGGAUUUGCUGAGACUCAUAGCUAUCGAUGCUGAAUUCCUCCUGCUCUUAUUAUUGCCACUUAUUUUUCCCACAACUUGCAGAUACACUUUAAUGGAAAUAUGAUUCAGUCACUUUGCUAAAAACACCAACGGAGUGACAGAUAAUCAAUAGAUAAAUGAGACCAAAGCAGCUCUUUGCUCUUUCUCAGAACAGUUUAUAUGGAGAAUGAAAACGAAACGUAAAGUCACAUUUUUAUUUUUGUGUUAAGUUUCAUGCUGACAUACAAAUCAAAGUUACAAAUCAAAGUCUUGACUAAUCCAAUCCUGUUUGGACCUCACACAUUACAUUUACAGUAUAUACUGUAUUUCCAUGUGAAUAACUGGUAGCAACAAAUCAUUCAAAAUGUCUCUCUCUUUUCUUUGGGACAUUUUGAAUGAACGUUCUCUGCUGGGUUUCUGGCUCCUGGGUAACUGGAGUAAUCAGGAGUAACUACUCCCCCACAGACCUCCUGACCUUUAACCCUGGCCUAUGGAGCAACUGGCUGAGAGCCUGACUAUUACUCAUUACCAUUUAAAUAAUAACAGGCUGGUCAUAAAUGAUGGCUUCUGCCAUUAAAAACUCAUUCAUAACCGGCCAGAAAGCGAAAAGGUCAUUACUGCACACUAACUGUGUGCAUUACUGCACACUAACUGUGUGCAGUAAUGACAUCACGCCGUUGUUCUGAAAAUCCACUUUGUGCGUUACUGACGGCUCCUUUGUUUAGAAAUGUAUUUUUUCUCUCCAGCUUUAGUUUAUUUGCUCUGCUGUUUAUUCUGUUUUUCUUGGCCUGCAGUGCUUCUUUAAAAGACGGACCUGCUGGAAAUGUCACAGGAUAAACGUGGGAACAAUAGCUGGAAGCCGACUCUGCUUACUUCACUUUUAUAUUUAUAUACAAUGAGAGCAGAAUGUUGCCGUAUCUGCCCCCUUCCCCCUUUUUUUUGUCCUUUAAUCAGCUAAAGCAAACAGCGGACCCAGCUUCCUGUCCAUCUGGGGGCUGGCCCCGCCCUUUCCUGUCUGCAUUAUCUCUCGUAUUGUGUUGACUUCCUGUUAGGAGGAGGUGGGAAGUGUCUUGGAGGGGAAGAGGGAGCGAUUUGAGUAGAAACACGGGAUGAGGGGAAGGAACGGGGUUAGGGUGGGAUAAGGAGGGACAAGGGGAGAGGAGAAACACUAAAGAACAAAAUGUCUGAUGAAAUAUUGGGGCAUAACACAAAACAUGAGAAAAACCUUCUUUAUGAAGCAUUACAUUUCUUUUCCGAAAUCUAAAUUUCAGAUGAAUCUUAAAAUAAUGUGAGAAAUUAUCAUACAAUAUACAUGAAAAUGUAAACAGUUUUAGGCCAUAAAAUCAAAAGGACCAAAGUUGGGAUGGGAAGAAAACACUGGACUGGAGCUUUUUUUUUUUAAAGGUUUUAUUGGCUCUAGCCUUUAUUUGAUAGUGAAUUGACAGGAAAGUGGGUAAUGAGAGAAGGGGAGACAUGCGGCAAAGGUCACUAGGCCUGGAAUCGAACCUGUGACGGCCGCGUCGAGGACUGAGGCCUCCUUAUGUGGGUUGGAGGCCUUAGUUGGAGACUAAGGCCCAACUAAGGGGUGCUAUGGUGCUAUGCACCCCUGGGCUGGUGCUUUAAAAUCCCUACAAUGUAUCAGUGUUAUUUUGACAUAUUUUAGAACUCAUUACACCCUUUAAUCUGUCAUGUAUUGUCAUCAUUUAUGUAUUUACGCUUGUUUUUGAAAACAGUGUGUAUGUCUAAAAAAUAGAAAAGGAUCUGCCAGACAACACACAAGUUCAGUAUGUUUUGUUUCAUCAAGAAAUGUUUGCUGCACAGUUUUCUUGCAGAAAAUGUAAAGACGUUUUUAAAAGAUGAAGAUGAGAUAUUGAAUGCACCUUUUGUUUUAUAAAUGUGAUUUGUGUGUUAGUGUAUGCACUCGGUUCGAGUGGUUGUCGUUUCACAAACCGCUGAGAUUUGUAAAUGAGCUCACAACUUGAGAAAGGUUUUUAUUUUCCGUAAAAACCUUAAGAGAAAUGAUGGGAUUUUUAAAUAUGUCAUGGCAAAAGCAAUUAACAUCUUAUUAAUGUUAGUAUAAAACCAAAUUAGUUGGUCUUGGAGGAAGCUAAUGGUUAAUUAAAGAAGACUAAAGGAGACAACAGUGUGAAAAGUGUCCUAAAGCAAACAUUAUUUUAAAACCUUUAAAGCAUUGACAUGAGCAUUCGCAGGUUAUUGGUAAAGAAGCCACAAACAGAAAGUGGAGGUUAACAUUUUGUGAAAAUGGAACAUGUGAAACAUUUCAAGUCAAAGUGACAACUUAAACUGAGAAGCAUUUUAAAAAUCUAUGGAGUUCACUUGAGCUGCUGUAAUUAUUAUUUUUUGCUUUUUACAUUCUAUAGACAGCUACUGUAACUGGAAAUACCAUUUUCAUUCUCAGUUUGUUUCACAUGGAAGAUCAUCAGGUUGGCGCACAACCUCCAACCUCUAUUUUUUGUAAUAAUCAGCGACUUCUGUGUAAAUAACUACCAAAUUGAAACAUGACUUUGAUUUGAAGGUUGAUAAAAUAGCUUUUGCAUAAACUGCCCUAAGAUUUUUGAACAUUUUAAGUUGUUUAAACCAAUAGAAGCCCGCUUUUGUUUUGGUCUGCCUUUAGUUUGACCUUCUGCUUUAAUAUGACUUUAUAGUAAAUGAAGAUACUAAGACUUAUUCUCUCCAUAUAACCUUUCAACAUAAGAGCACUUCAAAAUCUAUCCAUUAAAAAUAGCUAAAACAGUUGUAGGAUAUUAAUGGUGUUUCUUUUGUCAAUAGAAAAACUCCGCUUGGAUUCAGACAAUAAAAACAAAUGUCUCAGGGUGGGAUCCAGGCAAAUAACAUUGUUUUACAUUUAUAACAAAACAAGCAAAAACAUCUCUAGAAUUAAUAACACUGGUCUAAAAUGAACUUAUUUGAAUUUUUUGUGCAUUCCUCAAGGGAUUUUACUUUGAGAAAAUCUAUGUAGAAAAAAAUGUGCCCAACAGCAGUAUUUGCUUUUCUUUGUUAUUUCUAAAUUUGGCAUUUUUUUUAUUUAUGAAAAAAAAAAUCUACAGAAAAUUGCUUUUGAAGAAUGGGCCAUAAUGAUUGGUUUUAGUCUCCAUUGCAUUCAUGUACAUACACAUACACGUCAAUCACAUAGAAACAACGAUGUUUUUUUUCUUUAUGUAAAUAUGGAGGUUUGUAUCGGAGAACCAUGUGCCUUCAUUCUUUAUAUAUAUAUAUAUAUAUAUAUAUAUAUAUAUAUAUAUAUAUAUAUAUACACACACACUUUUUUAUGGUUAACACAACAUUUUCUAUGUUAUUUCUAUGGUGUAUAGCAGCUACUUUUUAUUACCUGCCAUUAUUUGUAAGUGUAGCUACAAAAUAAAUGCCAAAAAAGUC